AUGGAUCUCACCAGCUGCAGUGGAGGUUAUUACUGGAUGAUGACAGUAGUGAUCAGACAGACUACUCAUAAAAAGCUACGCAUCCACAGUUUACAAGGUUCUGGUCUGGGAGGAUUCAACGGGAUUCUCCAUAGAAAAAUCCUAGGACAAAUCGCUCACCUAUGUCCCUUGAAGUCGAUGUCCACGGCGUGCUGGACAGUGCGAACAUGUGAACAUAGAUCGACUUCGAACUACAUUUGUAUACCGCAACCUCGAGCAAUUAUCCUGUUUUUUGUGAUUUGGUGUGCCUUAACCGUUGCUGCGAUUGCUAUUUUAGCCGUUACAUGUUGGAGAAUUCUAAGAUUUCGAUGCUUUGGAGGGAACAAGGUGCAUUCUGGAUUGAUCCGCUCUGUUUCGGAUCUUGAGCAAAGAGUUCAGGACCCCUCAAUGAUCGUGGCAAUUCAUUCGAAUUAA